CCGAAAACAACAACAAGCUGAAACACGAACGCACACAACGAAGCAGGCCAAACAAUUUACAGCAGCAGCAGCAAAAAAACAACAAACACACACACACACACACACACACACACACACACACACACACACACACACACACACACAGAGAGAGAGAACACGAAGAACCCGACAAAAGAAGUCGUGUCGCCAUAUUGAAUCAAGAAUGCUUCAAUUACUACGCACGGAAGGGGUUGAUUCAGAGAAGAGGGUUGGGGUGAGAGAUGGGCGAUGACAGGUAGAUCGUGUCUAGUUGCUGUUGCGUAAAAUGCAGUCAGGACUGUUUGGCAAAGUGUAGUUGCUGUUGCCGUGGUAGUGAGUACACGGUGCAAGUGUAGUGUCGAUAGUGGCAAGUGAUAAACGUUUGACAAGAAAAUUGAAAACCCCAUCUAGAAGGCGCAGUGCUAGAGUGACGGCGUUACGGGGUGCAUACGUGUGCGUGCAGUGCGCGUGUAUCCUCCAAACAAAGGAAAGUGCUCCCGACCACACACUGUCGCUGUUAGCCAAUGAAGAGCCAUCCCUUCCGGUAGACCCUCCCGCCUGCCCGGAAUCGCUCGCUGUGCGUUCUCAAUUAUAUUGGAGUGCGUUCCACACACACACACACACACACCCACAACCCCUUCCUUCCAGCCGUGUGUGCUUGUGCCCUCAGGAAGCGUGAAUUCAAUCCGCACAGCAGUCAUCGGUUUCCCUUCAAUUCAUCCGUGUGAGGUUCACGACUCCCUUGAACCCUGUUGCUGCCGCUACUGCUGAUCGAGUGGGUUGCGCCUGUGUGUUUGUGUCGGUGCUCUCUCUCUCGCUCUCCCUAUCGCUGUGUGUGACGUUUGUUGCUUCUUUGUUGGUUAAGGCGAGACCGUUUUCUAUUGCGUAGUUCCUUGCCUUCCUGCGCUGGAGACACACCGCAAAGAGAGGAGGAGGACAAUCGCAACAACGAAGCAGUGUUUCGUUGACGGGCGGUCACACACCAACACAAACACAGAUCGGGAAGAGAAGAUAGAACCGCCACCCCCUGCGCGUUCGGGACAGCGGUUGCUAAGCGUGCGCCGGAAUUUCUUCGCCUGCUGCGAGUGAAAGGGCAACAGCGACAGCAACAACCGUUACGAAAUUCUAACCGGAAGCGAGCCAAACGCAGACGGAGGAAACACCAGCUACGACAACGCACGCGACAACGGCACGGAGUUAGCACGAUGAAGGCACGGAACGGAGAGCGUUCACCGUCUCGGCAGAAAAACUCCGCCAAGGAGCCGAACGACAAGAUGAUGAACCAGAUACAGCUGGUUCGCAAUCGAUUCGAGAAAUCGUGCAUCAUCCCGGAUGAUGAGAUCUCUCGAAAACUACCAAAGGAAAUUCUGCUUCGCAUUUUAUCAUACCUUGAUGUAACCUCGCUUUGCCGUUGUGGACAGGUUUCUCGAUAUUGGAAUAUUCUCGCACUGGACGGUUCCAACUGGCAAAAGAUAGAUCUGUUUGAUUUUCAACGAGACAUUGAGGGUCCAGUGAUCGAAAACAUCUCACAGCGCUGUGGCGGCUUCCUGAAGUAUCUGCGAUUGCGGGGCUGCCAGUCGGUCGGCAGCCACUCGAUCCGUACCCUUGCCAACUACUGCCAUAACAUCGAGCAUCUCGAUCUGUCCGAGUGCAAGAAGAUCAGCGACGUUGCCAUACAGCAGCUCAGCAAGAACUGCGCCAAGCUGACCGCGAUCAAUUUGGAGUCGUGCUCGCAAAUAUCCGACAGCAGCCUUAAGGCACUCUCCGACGGGUGUCCGAAUUUGUCCGAAAUCAAUGUAUCCUGGUGCAAUCUAAUCACGGAGAAUGGCGUCGAAGCGCUCGCUAGGGGAUGCAACAAGAUCAAAAAGUUCAGCAGUAAAGGAUGCAAGCAGGUGAACGAUAGGGCUGUUAUCGCGCUUGCACUGUACUGUCCUGGGAUCGAGGUUUUAAAUCUACAUAGUUGUGAUAGCAUAACGGAUGCAUCGAUAUCGAAGAUAGCAGAAAAAUGCUGCAACCUGAAGCAGCUGUGCGUGUCCAAGUGUACCGAGCUUACCGAUCAGUCCCUCACUGCCCUAGCGAUGAAUAAUCAGUACCUCAACACGCUCGAGGUCGCCGGAUGUGCACAAUUCACCGAUAGUGGCUUCAUCGCGCUGGCAAAGAACUGUAAAUACUUGGAGCGCAUGGAUCUGGAAGAGUGCAGUCUGAUCACCGAUGCCACUUUGCAGAACCUGGCAUUGGGAUGUCCUAGUCUGGAGAAGCUGACUUUAUCACACUGCGAGCUGAUAACGGACGAAGGCAUCCGGCAGCUGGCCGGUGGUGGCUGUGCCGCUGAAAGCCUUUCCGUCCUGGAGCUUGACAACUGUCCACUGAUCACUGACGCAACGCUAGAGCAUCUAAUAUCCUGUCACAAUCUGCAACGGAUAGAGCUGUACGACUGCCAACUCAUUUCACGCAAUGCAAUCCGUCGUUUAAGGAAUCAUCUUCCCAACAUAAAGGUUCACGCUUACUUUGCACCGGUUACGCCGCCACCAACAAUAAACGGUCCACGUCCUAGGUACUGCCGGUGUUGCGAGAUUCUCUGAGAUCAGGCGAUUGGCUUAGCCAGAAAAGUGCUCUGUAGGAGUAGAGACGACUGAUAUUUAUACUUGUAACCGUAGCAUACACCUUUCGGAUUUGAUAGGAAACCCCAGGGGGCUGAUAGGAGGGUCUAUCGCAUUGUCGUUUGUGCACCACAAAACGCUUGAGGCAUCGUGCGAAUCGAGAACCUUUUUUAAGGGCAGCUAUGGGGCACACUAGCCUCCAAAUACUGGCUGCUAGGCCUGGACUGAAAACUACAUACAUACAUACUUACAAACACACAGACACACAUACACACGAAAACUGCAUUCGCUUUGCAUGCACGGUGCAGUGCACCAGUCGCUAAUUGGAUGUCUCUGUGCCAGUGGGGUGUCGAGAAGAGCGAAACGGAACAACAUUUUACAAGGAGCUGGAUCACAUCCCACGCGUAACGUUCGCAAACAGCUUAACGCAUGCUUUAGUCACCUUGUGUGUGUGUGGGUGGGUGUAUGUGUAAGCAUUACUUAGAACAUGUUAGCGUAACACGAAAUGGGCCCUAAACAAACGACGCCGCCGGUAGGAAAGUACGACAAACCGACAACCAAACACUCAGAAUAUCACACCAAAAAAUAACAGCUUAUUCUACGUCGAAGUUGUGGAAAGGGGAGGGAGGGGGGGGAUUCAGAGACACCGGAAAAAAACCAAAAGAACGGGGUUGGAACGGCAAAAAAACACAAAACAACCACACUAACGACAAACACACAAACUCUAUCACAUGUGUUCAGCAAAGCAUAAGUAUGGUGUGAAGUAUCAGCAAAAGUAUCAUACACACAUAGUAGCAUAACGAAUCAACGUAUCGUGCAAUCAUUUGUACAUUGAACCAUUGUAGAUGCGGGAGAAUGCGGAUGGCGG